AUGGCACCAAAGAAUUCACUUACAUCAUUCCUCCUUUUCCUUUUGAUCUCCCCUUCCCUCGCUGAUCUCAAAAUCUCCAUACGACCUCCCAAAGAGCCUGCGGCCUAUUCGAAAGUUAGUGAAGGAAAUGGUUCCGAGGAAGUCGACCUGCUCGCCCCGAUUAACGGCCCCUUCACAACACCUCUGUGCAUCGAAGAGUUCGCCUAUAUCAGUGAAUCAGAGCCCACUGAUUAUAUUGAUCAUGUCGUUCUGAAGGUCAAUCUAACUGAUGGCCGGGAUAAGCCCUGGGAUUUCUAUGCAAAUGCAACGAGAAACUUGAAAAGAUUGUUGCCAAAUUUGAGGAGUUGCACAAUAAAAACGGCGUAUGUCAGAUACGUCAAAGACUUGGUAAGUGGCCCGUAACUUUUAGAUCAUUGUAAUCACAAUUUUGUUACAGUAUCAAGUGAAUUUUAUGGAGAACAUUAAUUAUAUCGAGGGCAUCUUGAACAAGGUCACAUGGGCUUUUAAAACUGAGAAGUUGCAUUUGAACAAUGUCGAGAUUACGGAGGAGAUCAUCAGCGAUCAGGAGGUAAGUCAUUCAAUAUACUCGACAUUUUGCGAAAGACCGUGGAAAAUGAGGAGACGAUUAAAUGAUUUUAACUCCAAAAAUGGCCAAUUUCAGAUCCCAGAAGACCCGAAUACUCUUUACUCCAUCUUCGCGCAUCGCGUUUCUUCUCACGAACUUCGAACUGGUCCAGUCUACAAGACCAAUCUGAACGGAGUCCCGAUCAAAAUUCAAUUCCGCCUGUCUUCGCUCCACCUCGACUUGGGACCGUAUUUUAGAAUCCCGAAUGAAUGGAGAACGCUGACUUAUCAAUACCAACGAUACGGAGUCUACAAUAUUGAAGUGAUUUUGCCGCAAAAUUGCGUCCGAAUGAUCUCAACACACAGUUGGGAGAGGGGUUUGUGUCAGAUUUCGAGUGGACGGAGAGUGAAUACGAUGUAUGGAAGUCGCGGACAGACAUUUGAGUUUUGUUGCAAUGUAUAA